GACAGCUAAUUUUUGACAAGUUUUUGUGACUGACUGAAAAAGUUUACAUUGUUCCAAAAUUUUGAAAGAAGAAGAAAGUCUCUUUAACCUACUCAAACAUUCAAAUAAUGGAAGCUACACCAAUUCGUCAACCUGUUGCCAUGACUUAUCUCUGUGCUGAUUGUGGUGCAGAAAAUCAAUUAAAGCCUAGAGAACCCAUUCGUUGCCAGGAUUGCGGCCACAGAAUUAUGUAUAAGAAGAGAACCAAGAGAAUGGUUCAAUUUGAAGCUCGUUAAUUGUUAAACGUUCGCAGCAUUAGGAAAAACCUUUUCUCAUCCUUCGAUUUUGUGAAUAUAUGAUUCUUUAAACGGAUCAUGACUCACUUGAUCCAUAUACCAUCACAAACGCGAAAAAAGGCGACAUAAUAAACUUGUUAGGGCAUUGAAAAAGCAA